GUUUGAUGUAUUGUUGUCGCUCUGAAACGCAUAACGUACCUGCAACAAUGAGUCAUCCUCCGCCUGUUUCCUGUAUUCCAAACACUGCCAAAAUGUCGAAAGCUAAAAAAGUAAUUGAAGAAGCGAAAGAAAUAAAUAAUCCAGAAAUUGAUUUGGUGGAUAAAGGGAUUUCUAGCUUAGACGAAAUACCUGGACUAUUUAGUCUCGAAAACAUUACACGUUUAACACUGAGUCACAAUAAGCUGCAAGUCGUUCCGGCUGGACUAGCGAACCUCAUUAACUUGGAGAUUCUUAACCUUGCUAACAACCACAUCGAAGAGUUGCCAAUAAGUUUGUCAUCGUUGCCAAAACUUCGAAUUUUAAAUGUGUCGCUUAACCGACUCUACACUCUACCAAGAGGAUUUGGUGCUUUCCCGGUGUUGGAAAUUUUGGAUUUGACCUAUAAUAAUUUAAAAGAGCAAACUCUACCCGGAAAUUUCUUCAUGAUGGAAAGCCUCCGAGCAUUGUAUUUGGGAGAUAAUGAUUUUGAAUUCCUACCACCAGAAAUUGGAAACUUAAAGAAUUUACAAAUUCUUUCAAUGAGGGAAAAUGAUCUAAUAGAAGUGCCAAAGGAGCUUGGUCAGUUGGCCCGAUUGAGGGAAUUGCAUUUACAGGGCAACCGUCUUGUUGUCUUGCCACCAGAAAUAGGUACAUUAGACCUUGCAAGUAAUAAGUCUGUGUUAAGAUUGGAAGGUAACUUCUGGGUUCCACCAAUCGAAGACCAGUUGAAGCUGGGACCUUCGCAUGUACUUGACUACUUGCGUUCAGAAACAUAUAGAGUACUGUACAGUCGUCACAUGUCAGCUAAGCCGCCUCCGCCACCGCAGACACUGGACAAGAGCAAGAAAGCCAGCAGGGCUCGCUCCUAGUUUAAUAUUUGUGUUUUCACUAUCAUUGUAGAACCAUAAUUUAAGCAUAACAUUUACUAGUAUUACAGUUUUAAUCUAUACUAAUAUCUAUGCUAAUAUUAUAAAUACGAAAGUAUCUAACUCUGUCUGUUGCUCUUUCACGGCCAAAUCACUGAAUCAAAUUUGAUAAAAUUUUAUAUGAAACAUUCUGGAACCUCAUGGAAGGAAGUAGACUACUUUUUUAUUGCUAACAUCUGACGACCGAUCCCUAAAACACUAGAAAAGCUGCUGGAGACAAUUAUUAUGAAUGAAUUUUAAUGAAAUGU